GUUCAACUAGCUGAAAAUAGCUUUUUUCCAAAAGAAAAAAUGGGGGAUGAAACUGAUCUAGGAGUACAACACAGCAAUACCUGCUCCAAUUUCCAUUCAUUUUACAUCCAUAUCAAAAACUCCCGCUCACCACACACUACAAACUAAUGUACAACUUCCAAUUAAUAAACCUUGCAUGUAUAAAUACGUGGCCCUUCAAUUUACUUUCCCAUGCAAAACCCUAAAUAUAUUCAUCUUUCUUUCUCCAAAUAGGAAACUCGGUUGUAUGUUUGCAAAAACGAAGAACAAAUGAACAUGGGCAUUCAAGGCAUCCGAACGGCACCUUGGUGCACUGUUUGGGCUCUCAUAGCUACCAUUUCCAUCAUCACCUCAAGCCCUCAUGUGUCUGCUAAAAUGAAUGUGAUCGACAAAUGCUGGAGGACAGACCGUAACUGGCGCAGCCACAGGCACCAAUUGGCUACCUGCUCCGUUGGUUAUGCUGGGAAAAUGAUGAGCAACAUUGGCCGAGACGUCAUAAACUACAAGGUGACUGAUCCAUCCGACGAUGCACUCAACCCUAAGCCAGGAACCCUGAGAUAUGCUAUGACCCAUGUCAAGGGAAAGGUUUGGAUUACGUUUAAGAGAGACAUGAAUAUUACCCUCCAGAAACCCCUUCUUGUCAGCAGCUUCACUGCCAUUGAUGGACGAGGUGUUAAUGUACACAUUUCUGGUGGUGCUUGCCUAGUGUUGCAAAGGGCGAACAAUGUCAUCAUACACGGUCUCCGCAUCCACAAUUGCGUUGCUCAACCAGCAGGACCUGUUCUAGGUCCAGACGCCAAGAUUGUACAUUUGGGACCCGUUGAUGGAGAUGCUAUCAGAAUGCUAUCGAGUUCUAAGAUAUGGAUUGAUCACAAUACGCUUUACGACUGCCCUGAUGGAUUAAUUGAUGUUACGCGAGGCUCAACAGGUGUUACCAUCUCAAACAAUUGGUUUAGAUCCCAGAAUAAGGUCAUGCUUUUGGGACAUGACGAUGGCUUCCGACGAGACAAGGACAUGAAAGUUACCGUAGCCUUCAAUCAUUUUGGUCCUCGCUGCCAACAAAGAAUGCCAAGAGUUCGAUUCGGAUAUGCCCACGUUGUUAACAAUCUUUACCUGGGUUGGGGAGCAUACGCUAUUGGAGGAAGCAUGGAUCCUACGAUAAAGAGCCAAGCAAAUCUCUUCAUUGCCCCAAAAGAUGGGAAUAAAGAGGUGACAUGGAGGCAGCACAACGGAAAUGGCAUGUCAUGGAACUUCUUAUCUGUGGAAGAUGUUUUUGAAAAUGGCGCCUCUUUCAGCCAAUCAAGAAGUGGUGGCGGUGUUGCCGUGAGGCCAAACUAUAGCGCGGAGCAGAUUUUUCCAAUAGAAGCAGCAAGAGAAGUGAGGGCAUUGACCAAAUCUGCUGGUGCCUUGAAGUGUCCAAGGGUAUCCAGAUGUUGAAACAAGGCUCAACCUGAUGAAGGACGCCAAUGUGAAAAAGCAGCAGCCUCGAACAUCUAUUCGUUGUUCAUCUUUUAUAUGAUCUUCUUCCCCCUUUUUCGUUUUUUUCCUUUCUUUUCUUUCUGUUUUAUGCAUGUUAUGGCAUGGUAGUAUUUAACUAGACACAAGCCAGCACCAUAACCUUGGAUGACCAGAAAAUA